AUGGAUCGUCAGAACCUUCUCGUCAGUAUCAACGGUGCCUCAGCCUCCAAGCCGCUGAAGCUCUCAGCAAAAGCAAAAACCGACAUAUCACGAGAAAGCAGCGAUCCCUCAGAAUCCGCAAUUCGAUUCUCUUCACCAGUGCUGCGUGUCUCCAUGCCUACCUCAUCCUUUCGCCGCGCACGACUUACUUUCAAAUGCCCAAACGGCUAUGCCGAAAACUGGGAUCAGGCCGGCUUCCUCUUUACCUGGCCGUCUCCUGAGCUGCCCUCUCCGGAUGCUGCUAACCCGGGCACCGAGGACACAGCCCCUCACUAUGUCAAAGCGGGAAUUGAAAACAUCAACGGCACGCCACUUGGGGCAUUCGUGGCUAAUAAUGGGUCGCUCGACUUUAGCGCCUUGCUCCUCGAUGAAGGUGAGGUCGAGCAGGGCUUCACUCUGGAGGCCGUCAAAUAUGACUUCCGUCUCGUCAUAAUGCUGGUCAAAGAGACCUGA